CCUCGCCCUCACAGCCUCGUCCCUCUCUCUUUCCCUCAGCCCUCUUCACUCAUGAGGGUAUCUGGGCAUAUCUUGGUCUGCGCACUCGUUGCGCUUGCAACGCACUUGACGUUGGCCAAAUCAGUUGAUUCUCGUCGUGAUGGUCUGUCUGUCAACGAAGAACCGACGACGUCGCAACUACGGGAAGAUGUCAAACCUGAUGCGCUUGAUGAAUCGAGUCGAGAAGACGGUCGAGUAGACUCUACUGGACUGGCUGGCGUCUACACUCUGCGAUCUGAUCAACUAGAAAUUGAUGCACUGGUGCAGGACACUGUGGAACUCAGGAGCGCAGAGAACGACGAACGCGACUCGUCCGAUGGUGAUUCCAAUGAAUCCGACGAGCAAGAUUUCGCAUCGCCCCCAAGUCCGAUUAACGAGGGUCGACGACGUGCUGGCAUUCUAGGCAUCCUCGCAGUAAUCGCUUUGACAAGUGCGCUGGGCUACAGCGCAUAUACGCGCCGAGAGCGGCUCCGCGAAAUACUCUCUACAAUCACGCAACACCUCCCAGAAAUGCGGCUCAAUACUUUUAACUUCAAACGCAUCUCCCUUCCAACUCUCACCCUCCCAACUCUCUCCGCUCCGCAGCGAGCUCGUCGCAGACGCUUACGUCGGGCAAAGGGCGGCUUCCGGCCUCACGUUUCGCGAUUACGUGCUUGGGCAGAUGCCGAACGUGGACUUUUGAAUGAUUAUGACUAUGAAUAUGACGGAGACUAUGAACGUGAUCGAGGACAGGGAUUGUCGUGGUCGUCUUCUGGAUCAAGCGAGGACUCUCAUACGCAAGAGACGGAGGCCAUUGAUUUAGGUGCUGACGAAGAUUUCAUGAUUGGAGCACCGAGGCGAUCUUCGUCUGCCUCUGCUUCCACGUCUGCUUCUCUCAACGGAUCUAGAACUACCGCUCCCGGUAAGGGGAUGGGAAGAGUCUGGGGAAGAUGGAAAUCCGUGAGUGGGAAGGGUUCAAGUAAGAAGGCGCGACGCGGUGAUUCCGUCUCCGGCAGUGGGACAGUAUUGUUCUCUGUUGCGGAUGAUGCAGAUGACUUGCAGCUCGAGACGGAUGAGGCUAUGCCACUUGCACCAAGUCCGCACCGAUACCCUUCAGGAUGGGGAAGUGUUAAAGGAUACGGAAGCGCAGGGUAAGGAGUCUGCCGUUUCUUUUGUCGUGUCUUUUGUAUAUCUGUCGAUCUAUGCCUAUCUCUAAAAUUCUCUUUUUUCCUUCUCACUCUUCGUUCGAGCUGGAUAGAUGAGCUUGCCCGUAUAUUCUUCGCUCUCCGUAGGUUUAGCUGGCUGUCUUAACGCGUCAACUUUUGCUCUGGCCUGUUCCUUUUGCUGACGCUGUGUUACUAAACUUCCUUCGUUUCUAAUGGACUUCCCGCCUCACUAUUCGAUCCGAUGUAAUAUAAUAUAUCUAGAACUGUGUAUAUGUUGGUGAAUGUAUGUAUAUGCGCGCUGAAGUGCACUUCCCG